UGCUUGUUCGCGUUCAGAAAUGGGCUGAAAACAAGAGAAGGCAGCCAUCGUCUUCAAUGCCUCUCUCUUAUCUCUUCUGCCCAAGGGUAUCUAUCAUGAGAUCAACGUCGUGACUUGUAAUGAAUUAGUUGCUAAUGGCUACAGCUAAGGUCGAAGGAGUGCAACAGAAGAAGAGAAUUUUGAGUGCCCAACCUAAGAACAACAAUGCCAACGGGAGAGACACCAUCAAAGUUUACUACCAAAGGUUUUUGCUUCCUACGAUCCCUGAGAAACCCACACCGAACUAUCUUAAGCCAACCAUUAGCUCGUGCCAUGGCACCAGCUCCCAACAGCCCAAGAUAUCUUCAUCAGCAGCUGGUGCUGCUGCAAAACGUGGAAGCCAAAUGAACGUGUCUCACUCACCGUCUUCCCUACCUCAACGACCUCCCACAGCAAACCGCCCAAAGGAGAGAGCAGCGAGAAGUGGGCCGUCAACGAUGGCAAACAUGGCUCGAAAACGAAGCUUGGCGAAAGCUUCGAAAACUCCGGCAGGCGGGAAGGCUGUUCCGCUCGUGAAGACCGCCAGAAUCCUUCCAAAAGUCAUGUCUUCCACCGCCGCUGCAGUCAAACCCGAAGAAGAGAAGUUGAUGGACGUCGUCAGAGGCAAUGAGGCACGAAACCUGGCAAAGAACGUCGAAUGUGAGCAGUAUUCGAGGAGCUCAGAGUCCAAAGCCAAGAAUGUAGAUGAGCAGAUGCCGGGAAGCCAAAGGGAUGAGGCGGAAGGAAGAGGAAGCAAGAGAAAAGGCGAUGGAGUAGACAAGGCAGCGCAAGAGACCAUGGAGUCGAAGAGGCAGGCGGCGGUGAGCUGGAGGAAGGAGACGGCACCGGCUCACAACGCUGUCAUAGAGGAGGAGACAGCCGACAAGCUGGCGGCGAGGGGGAGCAAAGUGAAAGCGCUUGCCGGGGCGUUCGAGACCGUCGUCUCGUUACAGAAGCCGGAGGGCAGAUGGAGUCAGCAAGAGUCGGUGACGGCGGCGGAUAGUAGCAGCAGCGGCAGCGGUAGCGGAGCUGCUCGGCCCGGCGGGGAUCAGAUAGAGGAGGCAGCACGAAACGAAGAUGUGCCGGAGGAGGUGAAGAAGAAAGGUGAAGGGGCUACAGCAUGACAAAAGCGUUGACAAGGUGAUUCAAGAGAGGAUAAUGAGUGGAGAUGGUAAUAACGAACUGUCCAAGUGUCCAACCCAUCGCUCCUCCUUACGAAUGAAUCUAAAAGAGCACAUUCGUCCCAGGCAUUGCGUUUAGCGAGGAGCGUGCACGUGUACGGCCUGACGCGCCCGGUAGAAGGAACGCGUCGUCGCGGGACCCACACUCACGCGGGACGCUCCGCGUGCUUUCCGCAUGUGCCCAAAAACGGAGACCCCGAGGCCGUGGAAACGACGCAUCAUAGAAUUGGAAUUGGAAUCGAACACGUACUUGGUUUUGGAUAGCCGUCGGUCGAUCGGUCGUUAAUACCUCACUUUCUUGCCGAUACAACCAGUAGUGACGUGUGUAGGUAGAAAGUCACGGUAAUGUUACAGUCUCCAAACGCUACUUUGUGCAAACCUAACAAUGGAAGGUUCCGAGCAUCCUACGGUCAUGCUUUUUCUUCCUUCACGAUGGCUGGACAAGAUUAGG